AUCGAGUGUGUAUGAUCCAGCAAUGAGCAGCGGAUGUUUCAUAUUAAAUGAAAGUGCGUCUUCUCACGCUCACGAUGCAACCCCAUUUUCUUUUGAUGUCGCUCUGGGUCCUUCAAAAGCAGUUGUCCUUCAAAAUAACAUUAGCAGUCAACGAACUUCUCAAAUAGGACCGACCGGAGGAAUACAACAACAUAUUUAUGUUGGGCCAGCCACAAAAUGUCGUUCAUCAACAGCUUCCAGUUUGCGGCCAGCAUUUAAUUCUAGUGGAGCAGUACACCGUUUCGGUAAUAUUGGAUUAACACGCAGUAGUAAUGGACCCGGCGUAGCUGGAGAUCAUUCCAUGACUCAGUACGCUUUGAUAGAUGACGAAAACGUGUCGGCGUUGCAACAAGUAACUAAAGGUGGCGGAGCUCUCACUUUGGCAUCUCAGUGGAAAAGUCAGUUUGAUGAUUCGGAGGAUACGACAGAUAACGAAUGGAAACAAGAACCUCAGAGUCCAGACCAUAGAUCGGCCGGGAAAAUGCUUAGCGAUUCCCAAUCGAAUUUAUUCGAAGAUACUAGAGAAACAAACCAACAAGCUGUAUUGGUCGCUACAGGUGUUGUGAAUGCCAUAGAAUCUUUUCCAGACUUAGACUGUGCAAGAUCAACCGAUUUUCGUGAGGACGUAUCAUUUCAACGAAAGCAAGAUAUGCGUUCAAGGUCAAUACAAAAGGAGUGUAACUUAAAUAAUACUGAAGUUAAGAUCGACUCAACGUUAAGGGCCAUUAUUCCUCGUUGCUGGUCAGAUCCUGUUAUGUGCACGGUACUGCGUAAAGACUUAAAGCCUCCAAUUAUACAUCAGGCAGCGUUUGAUAACACAGCCUUUCGCAUGGAUAUAAGUAGAAAUGUUUGUGUACGUGACACUAUAACUGCGACUGUUCCCAUGUCGGAAAAAUUCCAAUCUGCGACACCUAACAAAGUCAAAUCGACUUGUUAUGAAAUUAUCAUUAAAAAUGAAGAGAGAAUGUAUAAUAGUUUGCCGAAUAUGUUUUUUCGUGACAACAAAAUAGCAGCGGUACAGAAAGAUGUUUUACAGCCACUUAAUUUUAAAUUCAUACCUUCGCGAAUGGAAGCAAACACCUUUCAAAAGACAACAGUGCCUAUAUCUAAUGAAUACUGUGAAGAAUUGAAAUCGUCAACGGAGGCAUGCAAGAACUUUGAAAAUCAUCAAGGUGCUGCCGGCAGUAGCACUUUUAAUAACAAAAUGGCACUAAGCGAAAGUUGUGUAAGUGGUCGUUUGGAAAUUCGAGUUAUACCGCAAGAAAAACUAAACGCAAAGGAGAAUUUUAUCUACGAUAUUGUUCCUACAGAACUUAUCAAAGACAAAAUAGAUUCAUCUAUUACUGUUGUCCCUCUAGAAGCGAAUGAUAGUGACACCAGAUCUGCUAAAAUCGGAGUUUUAACACAGAAACAACCAAGGCAAACGUAUCAAAGCAGUAUGAUAAUUUCACCACAUUCAAAAAUAUUUCGUGAUCUAAUAAAAAUAAGUGGUUCUGACAUUAGCGAUACUGAAAAAAAAUCUUACUGUAGUCCUAUAAAUACACCCAGUAAAAGUGAAGACAUCAAGGAUAAGAACGAAUAUGAUGGUAUUUUAUCUACAGUCCUAACGAAUAUCAAUACUGGUGAUGUUUCAACAAGAACUAACGUACUCGGAUAUAAUCGAAUAAAUUUCAAUGAAGUCGUCUGUGAGGAUGAACUAAAUGGUUCAAAAAGUAAUGAAAUUCCAGGUUUAGUUUGCUUACCGCCGAGUAAAAUACCGGUUCCCAACAUUCGACAAACAAAAUGUGCUUCCUGGUCUGGAUCAGAUUUAACAGCAGCGUUAUCACUGGUGGGAACAGGUUCGUACUCCGUCACAACAACAAUUCAGGAAUCCGAGUUGACAAGAAAUAAUGAAAAAAAUUGGGAGAACUGUACAAAACGAACAUCCAAUGAUGUUAGAGGCGCUAACGUAAAUCAAAGCACAACUUUGACGGAUUUAACACCAGCUUUACGAAAAAGACGGGAGUCGCAGAAAUAUCUGACUGAUCCUGGCCAAUUAAACCUGCGAUUUGCAAUUCCACAUUCUCGUCAUACUAGUCGAAAAUGUGGGGUGCCAACCAUUUUGCUGGGACAUUUUGAAGAUAAUUCAUCAGAUAACAGUGAAGAGCUUCAAGUUUUUAAGCAAUCUACCAGGAAUAACGAAAAUAAUGUUAAAGUUAAUGUCCAAAAUUUAAAUUCCAUUAAACAUCAACAAUCUCAGAGUCAAAUGCAAAAUCAAGAAAUACGUCAGAAUGAGGAACAGUUGUUGUACAAUGUGGUUACAGAACUUAAAUUAUCUGAUAAAAAACGUAAUGAUAUUAUACCGCCACCUGGUGCUCCAAAACUAGAAAAUAGUGCCCGCUUGCGUCGAUAUAAACAUAAUGUAGAUUAGUCUCGAAAAUUGUACCUAGCUACUAUAUUUAUCAUAAGUAUUUGAACAUAUAGAAAAUACUCCUUUAGCCGUGGUUUUUACUCGCUAGGCAUUUGCUUAAGUUAAACUAUGGGUAUUAACAGUUGUCUAUAAUCUAAAGCAAAAAACGAAUGCCAUGGUUUAACAAUUAAAUUAAUAAAAUACUUGGCAAUUGUUUUCAAAGAAAUUGUUUUAAAUAUUAUUCUGAAGCUUAAAACGGAUAGGGUAAGGAAAUAUAUUGACUAAUAGAAAAAAAUUGUAAGUUGUUCCAAUAAAGGCAAAGUUAUGAAUAA